UUUCAUUUCCAUUUUCCCCUUCUCGUUGGUAAUUCGUAGCGAUCGGAUCGACCAAAGCUGCUUGCUGUAUCUCUGUCCGAUGUUCACACAAUCUCGUUCCGGCAACGCAAGCGCUAUGGUUUUCAGCAACAUGUGCUAAAUACGCCGGUACUGGUUUGUUGAUUUCAAUUUAACACGUGUAGUAGAGCCGUUGGAAACCGUUUCAUUUUUACGCAGUGUGUGUAUGAACAACAUGUGGUUAGUGCUAUUCAUUAUGUAGUGAACUAUUCGGGUUUUCUUAUUCUGCGAAGCACUAGUUGAAAUAAGCGAUGAGUAAUUCUAUAGAGCUCGUGAACGGUGGUAACAAUGUCGUUGAACAGCAACCGACCGAGGGUGGUAAAGUAGAGCUGAAACGGAAAAUCACCCUUCUGAACGGAGUCGGUUUGAUAGUCGGAACAAUAAUAGGGAGCGGAAUUUUCGUUUCUCCCGCGGGUGUUUAUCAGAGUACGGAAUCGGUGGGUGUUUCGAUCAUAGUCUGGACUCUUUCUGGAUUGUUUUCAACUCUUGGCGCUUUGUGUUACGCUGAACUCGGUACUUCCAUAACCAGAUCUGGAGGUGAUUACGCGUACAUCUAUUUGGCUUUUGGACCACUGGCUGCUUUCGUUAGAUUGUGGGUCGCCAUUCUCAUUAUUAGACCAACCACUCAAGCAAUUAUCGCACUCACGUUUGCCCAAUAUGCAGUCAAGCCGUUUUUCCCCGAUUGCGAACCACCACAAAAUUCCGUCAGACUUCUUGCUGCCGUUUGCUUAUGCCUCCUUACCGCUGUCAACUGCCUUAGCGUUAGAUGGUCCAUGAGGAUCCAGGAUGUGUUCACUGUAGCAAAGCUAGCUGCGUUAGUGGCUAUUAUCCUAGUUGGAGUGAUUUAUCUCAUAGGCG